AUGGGUGUUUUCCGUGUGACAAUAUAUGGCAUUAUGGCAGGUGUAUUCUUGUAUGCACUUGGCUAUGAUAUCCUUUACAUGCCACGGAUUGGACAUAGCUGGUGGAUUUAUAAACUUGUCAUGCUAACAAUGGCUAACUUGGUUUUACAAACAAUAUACUAUGCAAUAUGUUUUGUUUGUGCACUGAUGGAUACAUUACGUGAAACAACGGAUCAUGGACCACAUACAAAACAUCCAACGACACCAAGUUAUUGGCGAAAUUCAAAACUUCAUCGAAUUUCCGAUUUCAUGUAUUUCACUAGCGUCCUACCUGUUGGUGCUGUGACCUGUUUACUGUUUUGGUCUUUAUAUGUUGUGGAACCAACAUUGGUGAUGCCAAAAUGGGUGGAAGAGUUAAUUCCACCUUUUCUCAAUCAUAUUACUCAUACCGCACCACUACCGUUCAUUCUGGUUGAUACACUUUUGACUUGUCAUCGAGCACCUUCACGUAAAACCGGUACCAUCAUCAUCCUUGCACUCGUAAUCUUCUAUUUUUGCAUGUGA